AUGGGACUCAAAGAUCUCAACUGCGUGUUGGCACUGCUCAUCAGUCUGGGAGGUCGUGAGAACACAGUUGACGUCGUUUUAGCCAGCGGCAAUGUUAUCAGAGCUAGUCAACACGUGAACUCUGACUUGUUCAAAGCUCUCAAGGGCGGAGCGUGUAAUUUUGGCCUGGUCGCCAAAUUCGUGCUCAAAACCUUUCCCUCUCGCAACCUCUAUGGCGGGGUCAUGAUGAUUGACGGCAACACCAACGGACACCCCGAAGAUACUGGGUUCGCAGCUGCUGCGUGGAGUCUAAGUGGUGGGAAGAGAAUGUCUUUCGUUGUCGCUAACAUUGAGGGGCAAUCCAACUCAACGGCUUUCGCGGGACUUGUAAUUCUGUCUCCCGUGGUCGACGUGCGGGCAAACCUCCCAGUGACCAGCAUUGCUGCCCAAAUCACGCCGCCGAGUGGCGAGUACCAGGUUUGGAGCACUCUGGCUUUUCACAACACACUUGGCAUGGGCCGCAAGAUUCUAGCAUCAUUCGACGCCGUUAUUGAAGAUAUUCAGGACAAGGUCCAGGAUGGCGACGACUUCAGAAUCGUCUACCUCCUAAGGCCGUUUCCGACCCUGUUCUCAAACUACGGCGACAAUGUUCUUGGUCUUGACGAAAUCCACAAGAAGAACUCUAUUUUUCUCAGCAUCCAAGGAAUUUUCCCUAACAUGAAAUAUGUUGGGCUAUUGAGACAGAGGCUGAAAGAAGCGACUGCAGACAUCGAGGCUUAUGCUAGAGCUACUGGCCAACUGAUCCCCUACCUAUAUCUCCACUACGCGGGUCAAGAUCAGAGACCAUUGGCGACGUAUGGUGAAGACAACAUUCGGUUCCUGAAAAGAGUUGCGGAGAAGUACGAUCCCGGACAGUUCUUUCAGUACAGCGUGCCGGGAGGAUUUAAGAUUAAGGAUGUAUGA